AUGGCACAAUACAAACAAAGUCCACAAGAAUUGAUCAAAAAUGCAUUUACUCCCCAAAUAGCUGUGAUGUGCACUAGCCUUGCAGAAAAAAGUUGCCAGAAAAAUAACUUGGAUUUUAUAGAGUUGUUACAACCAUUCUGCAAGUUAAACAAUGAUGUUUCAUACAGGGAUCCCAAUGGAACCACACAUGUAGUCAGAAACUUAAAGCUAACAUUUUUGGAUAUAUCAUGGGUACCUCCACAGCCAGCAGUGGCAAGAAAAUUGUUAAACACAUCAGUAAGCAGUGCAUCUGAAAGUAAAAAUACAUCUGUGACAGUUGGAAACUAUAAUUUAGAAAUACCUGCAAGUGCCCCUUGGUUCGAAUCAUGGAGACAUACAUUUUUAAAAGUACAAUAUCCAUCGGACCAUGAAUUCACUAAACAUUUUCUAGCAUGUAUCUUAGUAGUCAGUUCAGCUGACAAAAAUCCAGAUGAAACUUUUGAGAAUAUGAUAAAAAAUUUAAAUCAAGUUCAUAAUAAGGAGCUUGGAAAACUUCCAAAGUGGUUUAACUCAGUGAUCUUGAAAUAUUUUGUAAUUAUACAUGACAACAUAGAGGGAGAGAGUAAUGGUGUUAAUGAGUCAUUUGAUGCAUUGAAGAGAAAACAUGGACCAUCAAAUUGUUUUCUAUUAAAAUUAAAUUCGAGGCCUCCUGGUAGUUCCACAUCAGAACAUUUACCUGAUCCUUGGAACCAGUUCAUAAGUAAUUCACUUGAUGUGGAAGAGUGGGGCCCUAGUGUAGAAAGUAAAUCUAUGAAGUCUUCCUUAGAGAUUGGACAAGAAGCUGACGAAGUUAAGAAUAUAAAUUACCACCCUCUUAGUCCAGUAAAUGAUGGUAUGUUAUUGGUAUUUGGUUUUCAGGAUGAUUUUUUAGUUGAUAUUGAACAACAUCAGAAGAAUGUAGCUAAACCAAAACUAACUCAUGGCCACUGUUUAUCUACAGAGGAUAUAGAACAAGUUAAGUUUCUUAUAUACGAAUUUUCAAAAGGUUGUUUGAUACCAUACAUAGAAAAACAAAUACAUUCCUUAAAUGAAGUAGUUGCUAAUAGGAAAGGGGUCAGUAAAUCAUUAUUCAGUGCUACAAAAAGAUGGUUCACUCAGAAUAAACCUGGUGCUAGUGCAGCAGCUAUUAACAAUCUGGUGUAUUCCCCUGACUCUCCUGAAUUACAGAUAAGGAAAAUGGGCGAUCUGUAUUUUAUGUUGGGUCAAUAUUCUUUAGCUUUCCAAACAUACCAUCUGGCAAAAAGAGAGUACAAUACUGACCAAGCUUGGUUGUAUUAUGCUGGGGCGCUGGAAAUGGCUGCUUUGGCUGCAUUUAUGGCCAAUCAAUCAACCAAAAAGACCUGUGAUUAUAUGGAGGAGAGUAUUACUACUUAUUUAAAUACAUGCAAAAUGCCCCAGUUUGCUACCAGAGCAACGAUUUUAGGAUCUGAAUGUUUGAAAUUUCGAAAAAUGUAUGGAGAAGCAGCUCACCAGUUGAUUAGAAUGAUAGGAGAAGAAUCUGAUUUGCGUUCUGCUUUGCUGCUUGAACAAGCUUCAUAUUGUUUUCUGCAAACUAAAAUGGUCAGAAAAUACGCUUUUCAUAUGGUGUUAGCGGGACAUCGCUUUGCUAAAGCCGCACAACGGAAAUUCUCUUUAAAAUGUUACAAUCAGGCAUAUCAAGUAUACAAAAAUACAGGAUGGGACCUGGCCACUGAUCAUAUACAUUAUACCAUUGGCCGACAAGCAAACAAUUUGCAACAAUUUGAUGAAGCUGUAUCAUCUUUUGCCAAACUUUUAACAGGAGAGAGUAAACAGACUGCCCAGCAGCAAGCUACAUAUUUAAAAGAAUAUAUAACAAUUUUAGGGAAUAAACUCCGACAUGACAAGGAAUCUGAUGUGAUUGCUAGUUUACUUACAAAAGUACCUGUCGCAGAGGAUUCUGGCCAAGAAGUGUGUCCAAUUUUGCCUGUUCCAGAAUUGGAUAUCAAAUCCUUAAGACUUUUAGCAUGUCCUUCACGACCUAUAUCGACGCCUGGAAAAUUAGCAGCUACAGAUAUUACUCUCAAUGAGUCAGACAAUGAUGUAACAGACAGCAAAUGGACAAAGCUUGAGGAAAUGAUUGUUCAUGAAGCGGAAGGUGUAGCACCUUUGAUAUUUAAACCCAUGGUCACAUUGUAUGGUAUACGCCAAUUAGAAAGCUUGAGACCUGUAGCUAUUAUUAACGAACCGAUUCAACUUUCUUUGAAGCUGGUAAAUUCUCUCCAAACACUACUUAAUAUGGCAGAUAUCCAUUUAUUAUGGACCUUUAAGUCAGAAAAUACGCAAAUAAGCAAUGUACCAGGUGUUCAAAAACAUGAUGCUAUUAUUAAAACUUACGUUACAAAAUCAUUAAUCAUCGCAGGAAGUAGUACAGCAGAUAUUAUUCUCUCUCUUAUUCCUUUAUCAGAAGGAACACUGACAAUAAAUAGUUUUUGUUAUACAUUAACCAGUUCAACUGGAAGCACAGGAAGCAGUAGUAUCAAAGGAAGACAAACAAUUAAUAUCCCUGUCUCUAAUCCACAGAAUGCUAGUAAUGAUUCCAGUGAAGAAAGUUCUACCAAACCCUUAGAAAUUGAUAUUGUGCCUCCUGCGCCCUGCCUUCAGGUAUUAUUUGCUGAGUUGAAUACGGACUUUUUAAUGGAUGAAAUACGCCAAGUCAAAGUUACUUUUUGCAAUAAUAGUACUGUACCUCUCCAAAACAUCUACAUAGCAACACCAGUUCCUCAUAUACUUUCCGACGGUGAAGUAAAAGAAGACAUUAGCUGUAACCCAAGUGACCUAAAUAUACCAGCUCUCAGAGACAAAAUGAUUAGGAAACACCAUGUAACAAAAAUUUAUGUAACUGGCAGAAUUUUGUCACCCGGGAAACAAGCAUCCGCAUCUAUCUGGAUUAAGGCGCCCCUUAAAAAAGGAGUUACUAAAGUAGAUUUACUUAUUUAUUAUGAAAACCUGUAUAGCUUUAAUAUUCCUAGGUAUCGGUUGGUGAGGCAUAGUUGGGAUCUAUUGGUUCAGGAAUCCCUAUUGAUCGAUGUGUCAACUCAAGCUAGUCAUAACUCAAAAUCAGUGGAAGAAUUAGUGUUAGCAAUGAAGAUAACAAACUUGAAUAAGACUUACAGCCCUAUAAUGACUGAAAUAAAGUUACUUAAUGUUGGUUUGCUGAGCAAAUAUUGGACAUUGACAAAAGAAGUAGUAAAAACUAAGUAUAUUGUUCUAAAUUCACAGGAAUCAGCGCAUAUUUUACUCAAAGCUAAGAGAUCGGUACAUGAAUCGUCAAAAUAUAGUAAUGUAUCACUGACUAUGGACCAAGAAUUAAUCCAGAGUUUAUCGAGCUCAUUCAUAAAAUUUGCCAGAAAACUUGAAAGACCGUGCCUGACAAUGUAUGAUGACCAUGAAUCUUUUAACUUUAAGGAAAAUAAAGACGGUAUCUUACUUGUACAAUGGCAAGCUAUGGUAUCAGAUGGAAAUAACACUAGAGUAGCAAACGGCCAGACGAGUAUACCUAUAGAAAUCAACCGAAGAGAUGAAGAUGUGAUUCAAAUGGAACGAAUUCUCUCAGAUACCUUCAUACACGUUUGUGAUAAAACUAUAUUAGAAGAGGAAAAAGCUCAAAAUACCCAGAAGCAAGUUUCCUAUAAUUUAGUUUACCCUGCCUUUGUUUCCCAUAACUUUUUAGAAAAGGGAAUUUGUUUAGUACCUGUAAAAAUCCUAUUGCACAGUAUUGUCGACGAUAAAAUCCUUGAUGUCUUUGUAAAUACCACGGAACCGAGUGUAACGCAGCCUGAGAUUAAUAAAUCGAGUUUAUUUUGCACCUAUGCUUCCAGUAAUUUCUGUUGGUUGGGAAAUAGUAAAAACCUCAGAACUUUACACCCUCUGACAACCGAAAGUAUUUUGUUAACAGCUGCUGUUUCUGGCCAGGUACCUUUGACAUAGGUACAUAUAUAGAGGUAUUCUGUAAAUCAGCAGGUCAAACCGAAGAAUAUGUGUUACAGUCUUGUCAAAUUCACCCAACUUUAGUUGUAAAAAGUAUAUAG